UCAGCCUCCGUUGCUUUCAAAGCUGGUAAAGUUUAAGAAUUAACUUUAACAGAUUACUUAUUAAUUCCUGCGCUCAUCAUAUGGAAUAUAAACAACAUUUAAAGCCCUUCAGAGGAUACAGAAUAAAAGGUACACUUCCACUGCAUUUUACAUAGCUCUUGGUAGGAGUGCUUUCUGUGCUGGGACUAUGGCAUCUGUUCCAUCAGCUGGUUGCCUUUUAGCAAAAAAUCAGUUUUACAGAGUCCGCAUGAAUUCAGAGUCCAGUGACUCUUCCAUUGGUUCAGAUGUGGGACUUUCAACAGAUUACGAGAAGUCAACUCAAGGUUUGCCUGAAGUGACUGAGAAAUUUUGGUGGCUUAAAAACUUUUUCCACUGUGAACCAGUUCCAUGUUCUUCAAUCCAGAUAAAUAUGACUGCUAACAGGAACCACAGCUGACUUAAACUGCAAACGCUACAGAGGAUAUGAGUCUUUGCAACGCUGCUAAAAAAAUCAUCACUUUCCCAGUCAUUCUUGCACAUACUCUACUUAAAGUAAAUCUAUGUAGUCUGGAGUGAGAGAGAAUCAAUACAGCUAACGUUUCAUUCUAUGUUUCAUAUAAGAUCAUUUCUUUUUUUUCUGUAUGGCACUUGUUCUUUAAGUAUAUCAUGAGGAUCAGCCGUUAAUUAUAAAAAUAUUGAAUGUGCAGUUAGAUGCACAUUAAUGUAUAUUACAGAGAAUUCAAAAGAAUUGGCACAGAGAAGCUUAAUGUGCAAUGCAGUAAUAAGUGGCUUCAUUCUAGUUAUGCUGUUGAAGGAGGACUAUUAUUUUAAAUUGCAUUCUCCAAGUAUUCAGCGUUAUGUAUAUUUCAUUUCAUUUCUAUAUGUCUAAUACUCACAAUGCAAAUUGCAGACAGAGGCCUUUGUAUUGUGACCUACUGGAGCUGGCAGUUGACAUUUGACAAAAGAACAUUCUGUGCUGUGAUAGUUUAAUACCUAUUGGUUCCAGUUCUAUCCACCUUAAAGUGGCAGAUACACAGACAUGCUCAACUGAAAGGGCACUACAAAUAUCAUUCAAUUAAAAAUAUGGGAUUUGAUGCAGAUUGGUGAGAAAAAUGUAACUCAUUUCUAUUAAAAACAUCAUUGUUAUCUAAAGAACAUCAUUUUCUAGCCGCUUUAUAAUAGAACACAUUUCUGUUAAAAGCAAUUAUAGCAUUCUGCUCAUGUAAGUCAAUGGUCUAGUAAAUCUGGAACAUUGUAAAGAAUUAAUAACAUUGGCUUGUGAUGAGAUAACAUCAACCAAACUCUGUUACUUUUGGAUAGUUCUCUGAAGGAAAUAAAUAUUCAUAGUCAAAUGUUAAAAUGCACUACAGUAUGAAAAAAGCAUUUCAUAGGUUGUUGUUUUUGUAUUUAAAUUAUUAGGGAAAUGGCAGAGGAAGUGGGUUUUUUUUUAAAAAAAAAUAUUUUUGUGAAAAUUGUGGUAAUCAAAAUCUGUUGUUGUUCACUUUCCAUUACUGACAACACCGAGAUGAGAUCAGUUGAUGGUCACAAUAAUGAACUAAUAUGCCUAUAAAUAAUGUGUGGUUUUCACUGAAAUAUUCAGUGAGAGUAAAUAUCAUGUCAAGUAGUAUGCAUAAUUAUUUUUUAAAGGUUUGGCAAAUUUAUCCAUAUUUUUCAUGGAUUCUGAUUUUCUACUGUUUAUAUAUAAUAAACUAAUGAAAAAUUA